AUGCUUCAAACUCCUCCAGAAGAAAUAUCUUCUGAAAAAGGAAAUUCGAAUAAAAAGAAAAUUACAUUCACAGCAAAACAUCAUUGGAGAAGAUUGUCAAAUAUUAUUGAAGGGGUUUGUUUUUUUUUUUUGAAUAAUUGUUUUUUGAAAUAUUUCAAAAGAAUUUUAUAAAUUUUCAGAAAGUCAGUAAACCACAACAAUUAGACGAAUCCGAGUGGAAAUCGCCAAGAAGUGAAGAUAGUUUUGAACUGUAAGUAGAAACAGAACUGUGUUUAUAAAAAUAAUACUCGAAGUUUGAUUUUCAGAAAACGUUCUUGACAUUAUUAUUCUUAGAUUCGGAAAACAAUCACUAAAUUAAAACCACAACAAAAUAAAACCACAUUCCGUCUGUUUUUGUAAUUUGACUUUGAAAAUUUGCAGAACUAAAAGUGGCGCAGGACCCUCAACAUCAAUGGCAGAAAAUAUGAACGAUUCACCAAAACCAGAUAGAUCUGGUGGAGUUGUUAUUCAGAUUGAUGAAGCAGAUGAUGAUAUUGAAUUCGAUACAAAUAUUGAUGAGGAUGAUGAUGAAAAAUUAAACAGUUCAUCUUUGGGAAUUCCAUCAACUCCACAAACAAGAUCGAGUAGUUUAAUUGAAGAUGAUGUUAGAUCACAAUUAUCUUAUAUUAUGAAAGAAAGAUUACAUAGUUUGGCAAAAGAAGUAUGUUAAUUUAAGAAGAGAUAAACAUAUUAUUCAGAGAAAUGAUUUCAGGUUCAUCGAAGAACUUCAGCAGUUCGUGAAGAUCUUAUAAAAGAAACACCAGAAGAUUCAGUAUCUUUAGCAUCAACAGUUCCAAAAACAGAACAUCGGCCUAGUUUAAUGUCAUUAAUUGGUCUACAAAAACGAGCUGAUUCUCCAACUACAAAUACAGCUUCAGUUAAAACAAUAUGUGGAAUAAGAAUAAAAGAAACAUUUCAUCCAUAUGGUCGAUUAUAUAUGACAUGGUUAUCAAUUGUAACUUCUUGUUUUCUUUAUAAUGCAUUUUGUGUUCCACUUCGAAGUAGUUAUCCAUAUCAAACAGCUGAUAAUUGGAUUUAUUGGAUAUCUGCUGAUUAUUUUUGUGAUGCUAUUUAUUUAAUUGAUAUGAUUAUUAUUAAACCAAGAUUAAGAUUUACAAGAGGAGGAAUUCAAGUUAAAAAUCAAAAAGAAACAAGGCGACAUUAUUUAUUGACAAGAACUUUCAAAUUGGAUAUUUUGAGUAUAAUACCAACUGAUUUAGCCUAUAUAUUUUUUGGAAAACUACCAAUUUGGAGAAUGAAUCGAGUAUUGAAAAUCAACUCAUUCUGGUUAUUAUUCGAUAUGUUGGAUAACUCAUUUUCAAAUCCAUAUGCAAUUCGAAUUGCUCGAACUUUAUCUUAUAUGAUUUAUAUUAUUCACUGUAAUAGUUGUGUUUAUUAUAAAUUAUCAGCAAUGCAAGCUUUUGGACAAAUUGCAUAUCAUGAAAAUGGAAAAUGGUAUCUUAAUAAAUGGGUUUACAAUAAUCAAGGUAUAUAACCAAGAUUUUCAAUUAAAAAUAACCAAAUAAAUUUGUAGGUAAUGCUUAUAUUCGAUGUUUCUAUUUUACUGCAGCAGUUGCCACAUCAACUGGUAAUAAUCCAGCACCAACAAAUGUUAUAGAGUAAGUGCUACAGUAAUCCUAUUCUUCAAAUUGAUCAUUCAGAUAUAUUUAUAUGACUUGUUCUUGGAUGAUGGGUGUUUUUGUAUUCGCUUUGUUGCUUGGUCAAAUUCGAGAUAUUGUUUCAAAUGCGAAUCGAAAUCGAGAAGAAUUUCAACGAAAAAUGGAUAUGGCAUUAGGGGAAUGUCAUAAACUUGGUUUAACAAAGGAUUUAACAGAUCGAGUUCGUGAUUGGUUUAUUUAUACGUGGCAACAGCAAAAAACAUUGGAUGAAAAAAAGCUGAUUGAAAAAUUACCAUUAAAACUUCAAACUGAUUUGGCUUUGUCUGUUCAUUAUACAACAUUGAGCAAAGUUCAAUUGUUUCAGGUAAUUUAUUUUGGAUAAAAAAUAGAUCUUCGGAUCUGUGUUACGGGUUACUGUAGAUGAGAGGCUUUCGACUAAUUAUUUCUAAACAUCUCAAGUUUUUUACAGGAUUGUGAUCGUGCACUUCUUCGUGAUUUAGUUCUUAAAUUGCGGCCUGUAAUAUUUCUUCCGGGUGAUAUGAUUUGUAAAAAAGGAGAUGUUGGAAAAGAAAUGUAUAUUGUAAAUCAAGGAACACUUCAAGUUGUUGGUGGAGAAAACAAUGAAAUAAUAUUUGCUGAAUUUGCACAAGGAGCUGUUUUUGGAGAAAUUAGUCUUCUUGCAAUUGGUGGAAAUAAUCGAAGAACUGCUUCGAUUCGAGCAAAAGGAUAUGCAACAUUAUUCGUUUUAGCAAAAGAAGAUUUGAAUGAUGUCAUAAGAUAUUAUCCACAAGCACAAGCAUUAAUGAAAAAACGAGCUGCGUAAGUCAACAAAAAUAAAUUUGGGAUUAUUUUUUAAUGGAAUUUUCAGAUUACUUUUGAAAAAUGACAAAAAGGCUGAUAAUGAAAAAGAAAAAGUUAAACAACAACAAGAACUUGAAGAUAGAUGUAAAAUUAUGCCACUUGGAACUCCAAAAAUGCUCAAAAUUGUGGCUGAUAUUCUACCAAAAGAAAAUAAAGUCACACUUGAACUCAAAAAAGCAAUUGAAGUAUCAGGUAUCUUUUAAAAAUCGUUUUUUUUUUGAGAAAAUGAUAUAAUAUUGUUAUUUGUCAGAGAGUCGACGCCCUUCAAUGUAUUAUCCUUGGAGUACUCUCCAAGUCGAAGAUGACGAAGAAGAAGGAGGAGAAGAAGUGGAUUUAGAAGGAGAUUUGAGUGAUGUUGAUGAGGUUUUUGAAAAUGAUUUUGAUAUUGUUGGAGGAGGAGAAGAAAGUCAAAUUGAAGAUGAUGAAGAAGAGGAACAUUAUGGAGAAUUUCAUGAAGAUGACGAAAAAGAAGAACAGAAAAAAGAAAAAUAA